AGGCUCCUCCCCCUGAUGGGCAGCUCUACUCCCUCUGAUCGCCUUGCUCUCUCUGCGCCCCUCUCACACUUUCAGCUGCACAAACAACCUCCGCAGCACGGACUGUUUCUACCAGGACGCCCUACGCGCGUCUUUUAACUUUUCACCAUGAGUAUCGUGGGCUCUGAGAGUGUGUUUUUGUCCGCCUUACAGCCCAACACCUCGGUCACCACCUAUGGGCUCCCGUCGGAGAUCCACCUGGGAAACGGGGGCACGAUGUCGGACGAGAUGACCCGAGCGCGACGCGUGCAGCAGCAGGUCCAGAUGAGACUGGCGGAGAAGUCCACACUUCCGCGUCAAAAUGGAUCAACUUCACACUACGCCAUGUCAGACUACGGUGGGGCUUCAACAUUGAAACAUCAGACCAACACUCCAAACUACAGCUCCAAGUCAUCCUACAUGUACGCAGGCUCCAAAACAAUGGGUCCACGCAUCUCCCAGAAGACGGGUUUCAGUGCCCGAUCUGCUGGUGCAGACUUGGCCACACUGCACAGGAUCAGUGUUGGGGGAAUGGGAGGUGGUGGUGGGAACGGUGGGGUUUACUACCAAAGUGGCGGACACCAAAGUGGCGGACACCAAAGUGCGGGAUACCAAAGUGGAGGAUACCAAAGUGGAGGAUACCAAAGUGGGGGAUACCAAAGUGGGGGAUACCAAAGUGGCGGCAUGCAAACUGGCGGCAUGCAAAUUGGCGGCUUACAAAGUGGCGGCUACCAAGGUGGCGGCUACCAAACGGCCGUCAUGCAAACAAGACACGUGGACCCAGAUACCCUCUCCAUGAACGCAGUGCGGCAGCACACGGCGCAGGUGAAUCCCGGGUGGGCUGAUGUGAGCGAUGCCUACAGCUUGGUCUCUGAGCGUGACGGCACCUAUGGCCGCCAGUAUGCACAAAGCGCAGUCAACGGCUACGCCACCCAGGUCAGGCAAGGAGGAGGCUCCAUGACCUUUACCUCUCCCAUGCGCCAAUCUCUUGGUGGCACUCUUACCCGCAACGGAGAAAUGACAGAAGGAGAGAUGGCGGUCACACAGCAGCACUCCUACAAAGGCCCGGCCCACCGCACCAUCAACAGGAUUACAAACAGAAACCGGAUGAGCACCGGCUCCUUGCCUGGGCAGCAGAUCGUGUCCAGUGGGAGUGUGUAUAGUAGUGGGGGGGACAGAAUGGAUGGAUAUGGAAUGGCCCAGCGUCAGGGCACUAUAUCUCGUGCCCAGUCAAUCAAAAGCAUGCACAGUGUGGGCAGGGGCAUGGACGUCUUCGGGCAGAUGGAUAUGGGAGCCAGCAUGGGAAACCUCAGCGGGAUCAACUCCUUGGACAUGCCCUCAGCAGUGCAAAACCUGAGAGAGGAGGACCAUGACCUGCAGGUCCUGGGUGCCGCCUACAUUCAACAUGAGUGUUACAGUGACAACGAUGCCAAAAAUGAGGUGCGUCAUUUGAAGGGAAUCAGUGAGCUAGUGAAGCUCUUCAACUCCGAAAACCAGGAAGUGCAGCGUUAUGCCACCGGUGCAACACGCAACCUCAUCUAUGAGAAUAUGGACAACAAGGUGGCCCUGAUCGAGGAGGGCGGCAUCCCACAGCUGGUCGAAGCACUGAAGGAAAAAGACGAUGAGCUCCACAAAAACAUCACUGGUAUCUUGUGGAACCUUUCCUCCAAAGACAACCUGAAGGAGAAACUGGCCAAGGAGACCCUCCCAGAGCUGACGGAGUACAUCCUCAUCCCUAUGUCAGGCAAAGACACUGAUGGCUACCAGCAGACGGCCUCUGAGGCAGACAUCUUCUACAACACCACAGGAGGCCUCAGGAAUAUGAGCUCUGUGAACAAGAAGACCCGUCAGCAGAUGAGAGAACAAUCCGGACUGGUGGACUCUUUGGUCUGCUACAUCAAGAACUCCCUCGACGACGGCAAGGCAGAAGACAAGGGGGUGGAAAAUGCAAUGUGUGUCUUGAGGAACCUCUCCUACCAGCUGUACGGCGAGAUGCCUCCAUCUACUCUGAUUCGCCUGGAAGGACCAAAUAGAGCUCAGGACUCAGGAAAGGGCGACGCCAUUGGUUGCUAUACACCUCAGGGACGGAAAGCCAAAAAUAGAAAGAACCAGGACAUCUCCACUUUCACCGAGGUGGCCCGGGUGCCAAAAGGCCCCGAGUGGCUGUGGCAUCCACAGAUUGUGAGCGUUUAUAACCGUGUGCUGCAAGACUGCGAGAUCAACUCUACCACCCGCGAGGCGGCUGCUGGAGCUCUUCAGAACAUCACCGCUGGAGACAACAGGUGGGCGUCAGUGCUGAGCCUGGUGGCUCUGGAGCAGGAGCGCAUCCUGCCGCAGGUGCAGAACCGCAUGCAGACCAGCAAUGACCUGGAGCUGCGAUCCCUCACAGGCUUCUUACGAAAUCUGUCCCGCCAUGCCAGGGAUAAGAAUGACAUGGCCUCAAAGGUGGUGAACAACUUGGUGGCCAAGCUGCCUGACGAUGGGAGCCAGAAGGACCCCUCUAGCGAUGUGGUGGUGAACAUCUGUGGAGUUCUCAAUAAUUUGGUGACCAGCAGCUCUGUAGCUGCCAGAGACAUCGCAUACUUUGACGGCCUGCCAAAACUGAUCAGCAUCAAGACCAUGACGGGCACCUGCAGCACGGGGAGGAUGAAAGCAGCCAAAGCAGCAUCAACAGUUCUCAGCAACAUGUUCCAGUACAAGAAACUGCACAGAAGCUACAAAGAGAAAGGGUAUGGGAGACAAGAUUUUGUAGAUAUGAUGAUCUAAAACAAAAGGCAGUGGUGAAGAGGCCUGCUCUCGACCAGCCCCCAGUGGAGCAAAGAGACUGUUUGUACUAUUCAAAGAUACUUUUUUAGGAUGAGAACAUGGACACACAAGUGAGGGAGGAUCGACACAGAGGAAAACAACUUCCUGUGUAUUUGUUUUUACUCUACAGACCGUUCAAGAAUGUUGGAUCCGGCACGACUACUGAUGGACACAAAUGUGUACACCUUAACCAUUUACUCUUUUUGUUUAAACACUGUAUGUUUUAGUGUGGAAUCAGGGAUUUAUUUGUUAUCAGAGCAGCAUUUAUUCAGAUAUAAUUUCAGCUGUUUUUUUGUUUGUUGCGGAUGACAACUGUUGAUGCACAGAACAGCACAGAAUGAAUGGAUUGAAGUGUGGUACAAACAUGCUGUUCUUGUAAAUAUUGCUUCUUCUUUUACAAAGAAAUCAAAUGUUUUAUACUUUGCACCUACACUAUGUACUUAGUUCUUGUAGUUUAAGGAUGGAUAAAUGUGUUUAUAAAUGAGUCCAUAUUAUAACAUGAUUAUAAUUGGAUUGAGAGGAGUGGACGUCGAGGAAGAUGGCUGCUUAAGUUCGUGGCUCCGGCGCCAUCACCAUUUAUUUUUGCUUAAAUAUCCCACUAUCAGUGAUACUUUUUAUCUCAAUCACGAGUUAUUAGUCCCAAUAGUCAUCUGUUACAUUAAACAUGCCGAAUAGUAAAAAAAACUCCGAAAACCGUAAUUAAUGCAACUCAACAACACCUGGUUCUCAAGGCUAAUGCUAGCCCGAAGCCUGCGAAUGUCUCACCGGACGUGUAGGUAUUGAACUCAGCUGCUACUGAGCCUACCAACACCGCGAUUCUUGAGCUUCUUCAAAAGCUAUCUGAAGACCAAACAAAUCACUUUACUGACCUUCGGAAAGAGCUAUCAGAAACGCGGAGAGCCGUUGUUGCUGUUGAGGAGAAGCUAGCUGACGUGUUUACCCGAAUUACCAGUGCUGAGGCCCGGCUGGAUAUGCUGGAAGACACAGAAGACCGGCGCCGCAAUUCUCCGCCAGCCCUGGCUUCGGAGGUAGAAACGCUGAAUGCUAAACUAGUGGAAUACGAGGAUAGGGAUAGGCGGGUGAAUCUACGCAUCUAUGGAUUCCCGGAGCAUUCUGAGAAGAAAUAUGCUUUAUCCUUCCUGAGGACAGCGCUGCCGGACAUCCUUCAGACGGAUUUUCCUGGGUUUUGUUUCUUUCUUUAGUUUUGUGCUGUUUUUGUACUGUGUUGCAUUUUAUGUUAUUGAUUGUACCAUUUGUUUAAUAAAAAAAGGGAAUAGGAAUAAUGAAUGUAUCUCCAAAGUUGACUUUUGUGUUUAGUUCUAUGCUUUUCAAAAUUGCAAAAUCGCAGUCGUGUCAUACAUUUGUAGUUGUUUUGUCAAACAUGCAUACUUUCAUUAUGUCUGUUUGUUUCUUCAGUAGCCCAUUAAACCUGCUGUUUGCGUACUUUAAGUGGUGUGAGUGUACAAAGAAUACAGUGCUCACUUUAUUUCAAAAACAUAUAUCAUAUGUUGAUGUUUUGUUUUUGAGGUGUUAUAGCAAAAUCUAACACGGACCCCAGACCUCAUUGAAACUCAUAAAUUGGCAAGUAGGAUAUUCUAAUUAAAUGUGUAAUUGUUCAUACAAAGAUUUUUGUUCAAAACUUACAUUUUUAAUAAUAUUUAUUGCUCUGGCAUAAAUGGUUUCUCUUUUAUUUUGUAGGACUUCUAACUGCUUUAAGAUUUGCUUUUGUUGUGUACAGGCAGAUGUAUCCUGAUAUUUGUCAUCUAAUAAAGGGACCGAUUUGAAAUGUCA